CAUCGGUCAAGGCUCACCUCUUGCCUAUUCUCUAUCUUCAAUCCUCACCGAAUCCCCUUGCCACCUCUUUGGUCAUCACAUCUCUGAAUCUUGAAUCCCAAAACUUGUGAAGUGAAGCAAAUUCAUCCAUAUCCAAAACUCAUGGCUGUUCCAACUUCAACCACUCUCUUAAAAAUGGAGAACAUACCUAACAAAGGUAGAGGCCUUAUUGCAGCACAAGAUCUCAAAGCUGGCCAAAUAAUCCUCACUGAAUCCCCUCUCCUUCUCUACUCAGCUUCACCUCUCUUCACUCCUUCACCCUCCCCUUACUGUCACCACUGCUUCAGAACCCUACAACCUUCACAAAUAUUUCCAUGUCCUUCUUGCUCAAACUACAAUUUCUGCGGCCAAAAGUGUCUCUCCAUUGCACUUAACUCAUCUCACUCAUCAUGGUCAUGUCAAAUACUCUCUCAUCUUCAAAACCAUACUUCACCUUUAUCAGAAAAACCAUAUGAACUCCAAGUUCAAGCUCGUUUCAUUGUUGCUGCUUACAAUCUUGAUAUUCACACCCCAUCAAAUCUUCAAGCUUUACUCUCUCUUCAUAGUAUUCCUAAUGAUGAUGAAAGUGAUGCUAUAUUUGGUGCUGCUAAGUUCAUUCAUUCUCUUAUCUCACCUUUUUGCCCACCCCACAUGAAUUUUUCACCCGAACUAGCUGCAAAACUCAUUGCAAAAGAAAGAUUAAACUCUUUUUGCUUAAUGGAACCUUAUUCACAAAAGGGUCCUCAAAGAUCCAUUAAGGCUUAUGGAAUUUACCAAAAAGCUACUCUUUUUAACCAUGGUUGUAUUCCUAAUGCAUGCAGGUUUGAUUAUGUGGAAAAUGGUGAACCUGGUGAUGAACAUAACACUGAUAUUGUUAUUAGGCUGAUCAACGAUGUUGAUGUUGGAAGUGAGAUCUGCAUAAGCUACUUUAGAAUUAAUAAGGAUUACUCAACGAGGAAAAGGAUCUUGAUGGAGGAUUAUGGUUUUGCUUGUGAAUGUGAUAGGUGUAAGAUUGAAGCAAAUUGGAAUGAUGGUGAGAACAACCACAGUGAUCUGCCACAUGUGAAUUUUUUGUCUAAGUUUGUCUGUGAUAAGGUGAAUUGUGCAGGUACUUUGGCUCCUCUGCCUCCAAAAGAUGGUGAAAAAUCUAAUGUUCUUGAGUGUAAUUUCUGUGGUAAUUUGAAAGUUGACACUACUACUUAAGUUCUGAUUGUAUUGGUUUGUUUAAGUUUAUCUACUUUUAUAAAUAUAAGCUUUUGUUGUUAAAAUGUUUGGACUUUUAUGGAAAGACUUAUUUAGACUUUGUUAGAAAUGUGUAUGGUUAUAGCUCAUGUCUUCUAGCCAUGGUUAGAGAAAGUAACACGUUGCAACUGGGUUGUACUUGAUUAUAUGAGAAAUGUCCAAACUUUUAUAGCAAUUGAUAUGAAGUUGUGUACUUUUGAUGGUGUCAUUAGUUUAUGUU